GACUUCAGAGGAAGUAAGCUUUUCUCCAAAGACGGUAGAAAUGACAGAGUCUCUUCUGUACACGUCUAAACUGGUUUACACAGUUCAGUCACCAAUUAAGAAAUUCAAGGCCAUUUCUCACACCCAAUUCAAGAAGCAGUUAACAAUAGCAAGGAGCUCCAGAUUGGCUUAUUCAUACAAGGAUGAAAUAUCAGAUGGUGAAGCAUGGUCCAACAGUGACAAUUUCAUCAGAAAGAACAAAAGUAAGAAUAUGAAGAAAAUUUUGAGAAAAAGUUCCAGGCCCGCUCACAAUCUUAUAAGUAUUUCAACAGCCGAUGGGAGAUGGCAUGGCCAAUGGACAUGCCAUUAUAUUUUCUCACUUGAGGAACUGGAGUUGGCCGAUUUAGCCGAAGAAGGGGAGAAAGGAGCAGAAGUUAUGGUUAGUUUGUCUAUUCAAAAGCAUGUUGGCUUUGGUUACUCCAUUGAUGGAAGGAUAACCACCUGUUUCACCAGAAAGUGCAGCAAUUGCUUAUCACCAUACUGUAAAGAGAUAGAUACCCACUUUAAUGUCUGGGUUCUACCUUCAAGCAAGGAGAACCACUCUCUUCAGCUACCUGAAAUUGGUGGCGACGACCCAUCAGUCAUCUACAUCAACCCCAGAUCACCAGAUGCGGAUCUUGAUUCACUAGUGAAAGAUACAAUUAGGCUUAGCACCUCGGGAGUAUGCUCAGAGUCAUGCGAGAGAUCACCGCAGAGAUGGGAAUGUAUGUAUUUGGAGAUUCACUGCUCACUUAAAAAUCAAGCAAAAGCAGUGAACUGUGGUCAAGAACAAUCCAUGGCACUACACCACGUAGAAUGAUAAAAAUGAUGAAUACCAUUACUAAAGAAGAAAACAAACACGAAAGGACAUUCCAGCCAUCUCAUAAAUAAUUUGUGUCUAACAACAAAUAAUUGUAUUCAUCCUUUCAGUGUUCUAUGUUUACUUCAAAAUGGGCACUAUAAUCAUUAUUUUCAAUCUUCAAAUUAUUACUUUAGCUAGGAUCUCAGAGAUUCCAAAGAUGGUUAGAGAGAGAGAGAGAGAGAGUGGCGAAGGUGGUAUUGCCAUACUCCUUGAAGAAAACGUGAAGCAACUACAGAAAAUAAAGAGCUGCAAAAUUAUGCACAAAGACUUGUGGCUCGUGAUUGGAAUGAUGUAAGUUCCGAUAAGUCUCUUUUCUAAUGUAUUCCCAUUCUUGUUCGCAGGUGGUGAUCCAAAGGAAGGUUAUACAGACAGAAGGUGGUCCAAACUUCUGCAGAUUAAGGUGACAGCUUAAAAGUGAGCAGAUUGAGUGUAAAAAGAAAAGGGACGAAAAAAUGUUUCCCCUUGUGUACGUGUUAAACAAACUCUGUAUGACAUAGAGAAGAGUGCAACUGUGAUUGCUUAAAGAAAAGGUGUGUUUGCGUUACUUCUGGAUA